CCAUAGGACCCCUGGUGCCAGGCCGCGCGGGCUGCCCGCGCCGCGCCUGCCCGAGCUCCGCCCGUCCCUUGCCCGCCCCGUGUCCCCUUCCCGCUCCGCGCUCCCUUCCCUCUGCCCGCUCCGUUCCCCGUGACGAGAGCGGAGCGGCUGCGGUUGCGGCGUGCCGGCGGCGGAGGGCGCAGGCAGGCCGAGAGGCAGGCCGGGGCCCUACGGUGCGGUGGCAGCACGCGGGCGGCGGCGGAGCCAUGGGCGGCGUGGAGAAGCGGAAGUACGAGCGCGGAGCCGCCACCAACUACAUCACCCGCAACAGGGCGCGGAAGAAGCUGCAGCUGAGCCUGCCCGACUUCAGGCGCCUCUGCAUCCUGAAGGGGAUUUACCCCCAUGAGCCCAAGCACAAGAAGAAGGUGAACAAAGGCUCCACAGCACCCAGGACCUUCUACCUCCUCAAGGAUAUCAAAUUCCUCCUCCACGAGCCCAUUGUCAACAAGUUUCGGGAGUAUAAGGUGUUUGUGAGGAAGCUCAGGAAGGCCUAUGGGAAGAGCGAGUGGAGCACUGUAGACCGUCUGAAGGCCAACAAGCCCACCUACAAGCUUGACCACAUCGUGAAGGAGAGGUACCCCACCUUUGUGGAUGCCCUGAGGGACCUGGAUGAUGCCCUGUCCAUGUGUUUCCUGUUCUCCACCUUCCCCCGCACGGGCAAGUGCCACGUUCAGACUGUGCAGCUCUGCCGGCGCCUGGCGCUCGAGUUCCUCAACUACGUCAUUGCGUCGCGCUCCCUGCGCAAGGUUUUCCUCUCCAUCAAGGGCAUCUACUACCAGGCUGAGGUGCUGGGGCAGCCUGUCACCUGGAUCACCCCUUAUGCCUUUGCACAUGAUCACCCCACAGACGUGGAUUACCGUGUCAUGGCCACCUUCACUGAGUUUUACACCACGCUCCUGGGCUUCGUCAACUUUCGCCUCUACCAGUCCCUCAACCUGCUCUACCCACCCAAGAUCGAUGGCCAGGCUGAUGGGGAGCUGAAGCCUGUGGAGGGCAAGGAGUAUGCCAUGGAUUCAGAGAGCUACCUGGAGAAGCUGUCAGCCCUGAGCUCCAGCCUGGCCCGGGUGGUGGCACCAGCCCACGAGGACGACGUGGAGAUGGAUGAGUUCCCAGUGGAGGGGGAGACUGCAGAGCAGAUGGAUGCCAAGAAGAAGGAGCAGGAAGCCCUGGAGAAGCACAAAAAGCUGUUUGAGGGGCUGCGCUUCUUCCUCAACAGGGAAGUGCCUCGAGAGCCGUUGGCCUUCGUCAUCCGGUCUUUUGGUGGCCAGGUCUCCUGGGACAGGUCCCUGUGCAUCGGUGCCACCUACGACGUGAGCGACCCCUCCAUCACCCACCAGAUCGUGGACAGGCCCAAGGUGGAGCAGCAGGUUGUUGGCAGGUACUACCUGCAGCCGCAGUGGGUCUUUGACUCGGUCAAUGCCAAGCUUUGCCUCCCUGUUGCUGACUAUUUCCCUGGGGUGCUGCUUCCCCCUCACCUCUCGCCCUUCGUGACGGAGCAGGAAGGAGAUUACGUCCCUCCUGAGAAGCUGAAGCUGUUGGCCCUGCAGAGGGGGGAGAAGCCAGGUGAGGAGAGUGAGGAGGAGGAGGAGGAGGAAGAGGAGGAGGAGCAAGAUGAUGAUGACAAAGAAGAGGAGGAGGAGGAGGAAGAUGAAUCUGAAAAGGAAGAGGAGAUGAAAUUAAAGAAGAUGGAAGAGCAGAAGACUCAGAGCACUAAGGCGCUUCCCGUGAAGGUGACGGCUGGCAGGGUGCGUGUGGAGGACAGGCAGCGCCUGGAGCAGGAGCAGCAGAGCGAGGAGAAGCGUCUGGCCAUCAUGAUGAUGAAGAAGAGGGAGAAAUACCUCUACAAGAAGAUCAUGUUUGGCAAGAAGCGCAAAGUGCGAGAGGCAAACAAACUUGCUGCCAAGAGGAAAGCCCAUGACACUGCUGUCAAAGAGGAGAAGAAGAAAAGCAAGAAGGCCCGGCAAGCGUGAGGACCAGGGGCUCCCCGGGACGGACUGUGCCCUGCAGCCCCUUGCUUCUGGGUCAAAACCCCUCAGCCUUGUUCUUGGGACAGAAAUGCUAAGUUAGAACAUUUCCCAUCUGUAAAUAACCUUCUGCUGUGCCUUUCCCAGGGCUCUCUGACAUGACCUGGCCUUGGGUGCAGGGUCACUGUCACCAAGGCUGUCCCAGGCACGCUGGUGUCACCUCUGCUCCCUGACCUGCAGAGGGGGCAAGCAAAGAGGAGGCCAAGGAGAGCCCCAGGCUCUUGCAGAUUCCCCUGGGAUCGUUAUUUUUGAGUUUGCACAGCCUGGGUGGAGGAGCUGACCCCCAUGGCAGAGCAGGAACUCUCCAGGGCUGCCCAGGGCUGGUUUUGGCACAGUGGGUGUUUUGGAGGCUCAACAUAAAGCUCAGGCUUUGGUGGGGAGGAGUUGGCAGCAGAGCGGAGCGUGGCCUCUGCCCAGCCUGGCCUCUGCCCUCCCACCUGCGUGGUAGGCCCUACUCCUUAUGUAUUUCUACUCUUUAUUAAAUAAGAUGAUGGUU